UAUAUACUUGUAUUGGUUACAAUCUUUGUCACAUGAAUUAAACUCAGUCGCGUUUUCAUCGUUAUUGUGAGCACAACUAUGUCUCGCUUAUCCAUUUUUUUGAGUUAUAUCGUAUUUUGAAGUCGCUUUGAAUCCGUUACAAAAAUUUUCAACAGAGAAUUUUUGGUUCUGUUUUUACCUUAAUACAUUUUUUAAAUCCGUCGACUACUGAUAUUAUAUUGAGUUUUUAUUAAGUAACAAUUCAAAGUGAAAGUUUAUUGAAAAGUUUAUUUUAUUAAGUCUGUAUUUUAAUCCAGGUCGCACUUAAAUAAUUAAUCAUGAAUAUUGAUGAAGAAAAACGAACUAAGAAACUUAAAUAUCCAAAGUCAGUAUUCUUCAUUGUCAGUAAUGAAUUCUGCGAAAGAUUUUCUUUCUAUGGAAUGCGAACAAUACUGUCAUUGUACCUGAGUGCAAAGUUAGCGUAUAGCGAUGACACGGCUACAGUUAUUUAUCAUACUUUCACAAUGUUUGUGUACUUUUUCCCGAUAAUUGGUGCAAUUAUCGCAGACUCAUUACUCGGCAAGUUCAGGACCAUUCUGUAUUUAAGUAUCGUUUAUGCAAUUGGACAACUUUUACUAUCGGCAAGUGCCGCGCCGAUAUUCGGGCUACCUAUCAGAGAAUUUUCCAUCCUGGGUUUGCUUCUGAUUGCGCUGGGGUCUGGUGGAAUAAAACCAUGCGUCGCGGCUUUUGGUGGGGACCAAUUUAUUCUCCCCCAGCAGGAAAAACAUUUGGCAAUGUUUUUUUCUGUUUUUUACUUUGCUAUUAAUUUGGGUUCGUUGAUCUCGACGUUUGCUACUCCAGAAUUGCGUCAUGGCGUUAAAUGUUUUGGUGACCAAACUUGUUACUCCGUUGCAUUUCUUGUUCCGGCUAUUUUGAUGAUUUCAUCAAUUGUUAUUUUUUUACUUGGUAAAUCAAUGUACAGAAUGAAGAAACCUGAAGGAAAUGUUAUUUUGAAUGUCACCAAAUGUAUUUAUCAUGCGAUUUAUAAAAAAAUGAACGAGAGAAAAAUAACCCGUGAUCACUGGCUCGAUCACGCAGAUGAUAAAUACGAUGCGAAGUUGAUAUCUGACAUAAAGUCAACGCUCAAAGUUCUCAAACUUUUUAUACCAUUGCCAUUUUUUUGGGCGCUGUACGACCAACAGGGAUCGCGGUGGACAUUCCAGGCGACGAGGAUGGAUGGCCAGAUUGGGAGUUUCGUUCUCAAAGCUGACCAAAUGCAAGUUGUCAAUCCACUAUUCAUCGUUAUAUUCAUUCCCAUUUUUGAGACUUGCAUUUAUCCUUUAAUGGCUAAAAUUAAAUUUAUAAAUACGCCGUUAAAGAAAAUGGUCACCGGUGGGUUUCUCGCCGCUCUCGCAUUUAUUGUUUCCGGUAUCGUGGAACUGCAACUCGAGAAAACAUAUCCAGUAUUACCGUCCAGCGGAUUAGCGCAAUUGAGGCUGUUCAAUCCAAAUAAUUGUGAUAUAGAAAUUAAAUUAAAUAAUAAUCAAACCUUUGAUAUAUCACCAUUUGCAAUGUGGCAAGACACAAAUAUAAAUACAAUUGGUGAUAAAUCAAUCGAAUUUGAGACAAAUUUUUCAAAAUGUGGUUUUGAAAAAUUAAAUCGAGGAUUAUUAAAUCUGACUGAAAAGAAAGCGAUCUCCUACGCUUUGGUACCUGAUUCUAGUCCAUAUGAAUACGAAGACCAUGUAAAUAAAACAGAAAUUGGAAAUCCAGCAGUACGGAUACUUACACACAAUACUCUGGACACUCCAGUAAUUGUAGAAAUUGUAAAUAGUAAAGAUCAAAUUCUUUAUAAAUCAGUAGUGACUGGCAAAAUCGAGCAUUCGCUCUUCGUUCCCCUUGAUCCAGGAACUUACAGAGUCAAAGUAAACGGAGUCAGCAACGAAAUAAUAUUACAUAUGGGCGGCGUUUAUACUGUUCAGGCUUACGCGUCCAAAGAAUUAAAUACAGCCAAAAUAGUGACAGUAACUCAGCCGAAUUCAAUGCACAUUCUCUGGUUGAUUCCUCAGUACAUCAUCAUCACGACAGGCGAAGUGAUGUUUUCAGUUACAGGAAUAGAGUUCGCAUUUACUCAGGCUCCCGUCAGCAUGAAAUCUUUGCUGCAAGCCGGUUGGCUGUUUACUGUUGCCUUUGGAAAUCUCAUCGUUGUGAUAGUUGCUGAAGCAAAAAUCUUCGACAGACAGGCAAAAGAAUUUUUCCUUUUCGCUGGACUUAUGAUUGUCGACAUGGUGAUAUUUGCAGUCAUGGCCAAAUUCUAUAGAUACAUUGUCGUCAAUGACAGUGAUGAUGAGAUCACAGAAACGACUAACAGUACGACACUCAAAGACUAUGGAGAAACUAAUUUGUCUUUCACAAAAAAUGAUGAAUAAAAAUUUAUUUUUUUAUCAUUUUUCAAGCUGUAUUAUUACCCAAGAUUAAGAAUGUUGUUUACUUGUUGAUUUAUAAGUUCAUUGUCUGUAAUUAUAUGUUUUUAAGUAAUUGUAUAUAAGUACUUAUAAAUGACAUUGAUAUUUUUUAUUUCAUAAUA